CUGACGCCCGCCAGACGACGCAAGCGACGCUAGUGUGUGCGUCGCGACGGUCAGGACCAAACGCGUCUGGAUCUGUUAGUCGCUACGUGGAAGCGUUUCCACACGCGUUCGUCAUUCGUCCAGAAGCGCACCGAAAAGCACGUGUCUUAACCUCUUCACGGUUGGGUUUUCUGGUAUGGACUCUUCCGGAUUGGGUCUUUCUGGAUUUUGAAGUUGCGUUUCUAUUGUUGUUUAGAGAGCGACAGCAAGAGUAUUUUUACUAGCGAGGCUCGAAUUAUUUCUCCGCAGAAUGUUCGUGGAAGCUACAAGACGUCCGUGUAAUUUAUGACAUUCCGACAAAGUUUUCCGAUCGAGAAGAGUUUAAUAAAAUAAAUUCAUUUCGUCCAGCUCCAGCGGAUUGAAUUUCAAAUCAAUUUUCAGUCGAUACGAAUUAAUAACGGGUUAAAUCGCGCAGUGUCAAUCUUUCAAGUAUGUCCAGUGAACCGGAUGCAAAACUGAAAGAACAUUCAUCUGGAACGGUUAGGAGGAAGCACCGAUCACGAUCAACCCCAAGAUAUAACGAUGUGGAAAAACCAAGGAAAAAGAGACAUAUCAGUGCGGCAACGUCGCUGGUUACUCUUCCUAAUACAAUCAAAUUGUCCAUGCUUAAUAGUGGACUUCUACCAACUAGCAGAUAUAACAAUGAGAAUGGCUCGCUUGUGGCUACAAUUACAGACAGUCCCAUAGAACUUAAAAACUACAUAAAAGUAUGCGAAGAACGCAGAAAAUUCCCAGUGCUGUAUAAAUUAGAAUUUCAAAUUGCUAUAAAAGUUGAAACUCACUCCUGCCGUCACGGCACAAAAAGAGCAAACCUUGAGAAGAACCAGAACCAAAGAUGCAUUCCUUAUGACUAUAAUAGGGUAGUUCUAGAAACUAUAGAAGGAGAACACGAUUCGGAUUAUGUUAACGCAUCGUAUGUAGAUAGUUUAUUAAAGCCUAACGCCUACAUAGUAACCCAAGGACCAACCGAGGAAACCGUCACCGACUUCUGGCGCAUGGUAUGGCAGGAAAAAGCGUGUUGUAUAGUCAUGUUGACAAAAACGUUCGAUUUCAUCAAGGUUAUGUGCGUCCAAUAUUGGCCCGCUUCCAAGGAAUUAGAAGAGACGUACGGCGGAAUUACUAUAGGCAUCAUUCAAGAGGAGGAAUUGGCCAAUUUUCACAUACGUACUUUUCGACUGUGCAAGAAAGAACUGGAUCAAGUAGUUGAAGAGAGAUUUAUAUUGCAAUUCCAUUUCACCGAAUGGCACAGUCACACUUGUCCUUUUAGCAACGCCGUGCUGGAGUUCAGAAGGAGGGUGCGUGCGGUGGUGGGGCACAGGAUUAAGUCGAACGAGGCAGGACCGAUGGUGGUGCAUUGCAAUGACGGUGGCGGCAGAUCCGGGGUAUACUUAGCCAUAGACGCCAACAUGGAAUUACAAGAAGAAGAAGACAAAUUCGACGUCUUCGGUUAUCUGAAAAAAUUGCGCCAAUCAAGAAAAGGUCUGGUCGAGAACGUGGAACAAUAUAAAUUCAUCUACGACACCCUCGAAGAAUAUGUGACGUGCGGAAACUCCUGGUUUCCAGUCAGCGAGCUGUCUCAGAGACUCAAGCAGAAAUCAGCCAAGAAUCCAAUUACGAAACUGAACGAAUAUCAGAGAGAAUACACGCUCAUAUGCAAGCAGACCCCCAGGUUCACGAUUGGUGACUGCGCCGGAGGACACAGAGGUGAUAAUCGCAAGAAAAACAGAGAUGUGCUUAUUGUUCCACCCGACAAUUUCCGACCAUAUUUGACUUCAUUCCAAGGGAAUAAUUACACGGAUUACAUUAACGCCGUGUUUGUGGAUGGUUACACAAAGCCUAGAGAAUACAUAGUCACGGAAUGGCCUUUAAAAUCAACAUGCGGAGAAUUCUGGUCGCUGGUGUACGACUACGAGUGCUCUGCUGUAGUCAUCCUUUGUGUUCCUCCGCAUAAUUCGGUUCUGUCGCAGCAACAAUUCCCGUCAUUUUGGCCAGAAGGACGAACUCCUAAAAAAUAUGGACCGGUUUUUACCAUAGACCAUAUCUCGCACAAUCACUACACCAAUAUCAAAACAUGGGUUUUUCGAAUCAACAAGAAGAUCGUCUCGCUUACAGAAUUGAUGGCAGGGGUGAAGGCACCUCCAAAAACCGUCCAGUUGUUCCAACUAACCUGCUGGCCUAUGGGGCACAAAGUGCCUACUUCGACCAACUCUUUGGUAGAGCUUAUGAACAUGGUGGAAAGGUGGAGGCAGCGGACUGAAUAUGGACCUGUGUGCGUCGUGUCGCCAGAUGGGCGAAGCCGAUGUGGCAUUUACUGUGCUGCAAAUGCCUGCAUCGAGCAAGUCAUCCAGCACGGCGAAGUCGAUAUUUUCCAGGCUGUCAGGACCGUUAGAAGACACAGACCUCAACUGAUUGAAAAUAUCACGGAAUACAAAUACUGUUACGAUGUGGUACUCCAUUACGUCCUCCAUUACUUACAAAAAGACUUGGAAGAGAUCAAGAUCAAGUCUAAAAAUUAAGCUUCAGACAAGUCAACAAUUCGAGGCCAAAUAAACUGUGAAAUGUAAACGUAAGGAGAAUAUUUUGAAUAAAAGUAAACCGCUAUGUAUAUUUUUGUUACUUUGCCUUAGAUUACUAAAUUUAUUGUAUUGUAUAUUAAACUCUGUUAAUAAAGGAAA